CUCUCCUACUCACCUCUGUCUCUCCACUUGUAAACUUGAGCUCUGUUUUCCCCUGUUUCUCAUCAUCCUCUAAACCUUAUAAAUCAUGCAAGAAAAACCCAUAAACCCAUUCAUUUACGAUACGAUAAGCGAUUCAAUUCGAUCUUCAUUAUCGAAUUUAAUCUUAUCGGGCCGAAACACAAGUACCUUGGAUUCAAUAUUUUCUCAUUGCUCAUCUUCACAAGCAGUAACAGGGUCAUCAGUUUAUUUAAAACAGAGAGACUUUAUAAACAAACUUUCAACCAAUUAUGAAAUGCAUUCCCCUGUUCAAUUUCCACAAAAUUCGAGCAAUUUGUAUAAGAAAAAGUUGUAUAGAGGAGUAAGGCAAAGACAAUGGGGGAAAUGGGUUGCGGAAAUAAGACUGCCAAGAAACAGAAUGAGGGUUUGGUUAGGGACUUAUGAGUCACCAGAAAUGGCAGCUUAUGCUUAUGAUCGGGCCGCAUAUAAGCUACGUGGGGAAUACGCCCGUUUGAACUUUCCGGGCCCAAAUGAUAAAGAAAAACAGGGGAUUUUGGGCCUUAUUGGUGAUGAGAAGAAAUUGGAUUCUUUAAAGAUGGCUGUGGAUAACAAGAUUAAUGCAAUUUGUCAGAAGAUUAAAAGGGAAAGGGCUAAGAAGAGGGAGGAAAGAGAGAGGGUUAAGGCGGUUGAAAAAUUGACCGUGGCGGCGGAUGGUGGUGGUGAGAGUUGUGGGAGUGAAAAUGGGUCAUUGGAAGAAGGGUUGUGGAAAGGCGAAAACAAUUCGCCGGAAAGUUCGUAUUCUGGUGAGUCGAUGGUGGUUGAUGCGGCGGAAAUGGGUGGUGAUUGGUCUUUGGCCCGGUUGCCUUCUUAUGAUUUGGAUUUGAUAUGGGAAGUACUUGCUAAUUAGGAUUUGGGUUAACUUUGAACUCAUAAAGUUGAGUUUUGAGGGUGUUAAUGAUUAGAAUUUUGUUUUAUAUGUAUCUGUCUCUAGUAUAAAUGUAAUGUAAUUUUCAUGUCAGAAAAAAAAAAUCAAAA